AUGGGGCGUAAAGCAAAGUUUGAUGAAACAAAAAAAGUGAAGAAAGGUCCAGGCAGGAAAGCUAAAAAGCAGCAAGAUCCAGUAUUUAAGAAAGGAUUACUUGACGACGACAAAGAAGAAAAAAAGUUGAGUCAUCGACAGAAGCAAAGAGCGGCUCGUAGGUUAAAGAAAAAAAAGGAAAUACAAGAAAAACGUAAGGCUUUAAAAGAAGCGAAAAAGAAUCCUACGCAAGAGACCGAACAGACUGAAGAAGCAACAAGUUGCUCAGAAGAUGAGACUCCUAAAGGUUUUACUGAUGAUAAUAAAGAAUGGUUGAAACCUAAGAAAGCAACUAAUAAAGCUAAGGACCCUGAAUCUGACAGCAAUGAAAGUGAUGAUGAGGGGCUAGGGGAAGAUGAAAACGAUGCUUCAAGUGAUAAUGACGAGUCUGAGAAUGAGGAAAAAGAAGUAUCAAAAAAAUCUAAGAAAGAAAAUUAUAAGGUUGGCACUUUGGAUGACCUAUUUCAUGAUACUGAUGAAGAGCAAGAUGAAACUUUAAAUGAUGUAGAAGAUGACGACACAAAAAAACCAUACAAUUCUGACUCAUCUGCUGAAAGUGACGAGAGUGAAAAAGAUGAUGACGAUGAUGAUGACAUGCUCCCAAUAGAAAAAGCAAAUAUUAAACUAAAAAAGAAGCAAAGGCUAGAGAAAAAAUUAGCAGAUGAAGAAAUGCAACUUAAUAUUGCGAAACAGGAUGUUUUCGCUUUUCCCAGUGAAGAAGAACUCCAAAAUCCCACAAGCUUACAAGAUGUUCUUCAGAGAAUAAAGGAUAUAGUUGCAGUGCUAGGUGAUUUUAAUCGGUUAAAAGAGGAGAGUAGGUCACGUUGCGAAUAUACAGACUUACUUUUAAAAGAUCUAUGUCUAUACUACAGCUAUAAUGAAUUUCUAAUGGAGGUAUUGAUGCAAAUAUUCCCUGUACAAGAGCUAGUGGAAUUUCUCGAGGCAAGUGAAGUAUCACGGCCUAUCACGUUAAGGACAAAUAGUCUUAAGACAAGAAGAAGAGAUUUAGCCCAAGCACUGAUAAAUCGAGGAGUUAACUUAGAUCCAGUUGGAAAGUGGAGUAAAGUUGGAUUGGUUGUGUACAGCUCAACUGUGCCAAUCGGUGCUACUCCUGAGUAUUUGGCUGGACAUUACAUCUUGCAAGGUGCCUCUAGUUUCUUGCCUGUCAUGGCCUUGGCACCACAGGAAAAUGAGCGUAUCUUAGAUAUGUGUGCGGCGCCAGGUGGAAAGGCAUCCCAUAUAGCUGCCAUUAUGAAAAAUACUGGUUCACUUUUCGCCAAUGACGCAAACAAAGAAAGGACGAAAGCGAUAGUUGGUAAUUUCCACAGAUUGGGGGUUGUUAAUGCCAUUAUUUGCAAUUAUGAUGGCAGGCAGUUCCCGGAAGUCAUAAAAGGCUUCGAUAGAGUGUUGUUAGAUGCGCCAUGUACAGGAACCGGGGUCAUCGCUAAAGAUCCAAGUGUCAAAACUACAAAAGACCAAAAGGACAUACAAAGAUGUUUCAAUUUGCAAAGGCAGUUAUUGUUAGCUGCAAUUGAUUGUUGUAAUGCUAAAUCAAGUUCGGGUGGUUAUAUCGUAUACUCAACAUGCUCUAUUUUGCCAGAAGAGAAUGAAUGGGUAGUGAACUACGUUUUAAAAAGGCGAAAUGUUAAAUUAGUGCCCACAGGGCUAGAUUUUGGUACUGAAGGCUUUCAGAAGUAUAGACAUCAUAGAUUCCAUCCAUCAUUAAAAUUGACAAGAAGAUUCUAUCCUCACACACAUAAUAUGGAUGGAUUCUUUGUUGCAAAACUCAAGAAGUUCUCAAAUGUUAUUCCUGAGCCAGUUAAAGAUGAAGACGAUGAAGAGGCUGAACAAGAAAAUGAAAAUGGGGAUGGAGAAAAUGAAGUGAAUAAACAAAAUGGUGAUGUUUCUCCAGAAACCAAGAACAAAUUAAAGGCUGGUGCAAAAAGACCUGCUAAGGCAGACAGUAGCCAGCCACAACAGAAGAAACAAAAACCAAAUGGUGCAAGUCCACAGACGCCAUCAGCUGCUAGUAGCUUGACAGCUAAUCAGAAUAAGAAAAAUCAAAAAAAGAAGAAAAACAAAACAGGACAAAAAAGUGAAGUCGUAGAUAAACAAGAUCAUACCAGUGCAAAUAGUACAGAACAGGAAAAAACUAAUGGAGAUAAAAAACAAAAUGAAUUGGACACUACAGAAAUCCAAGGCGAUGUUUCAACACCUAAUAAUAAAGUUACUCUAUCAGCUAGCCAAAAAAGGAGAAAUAGAAAGAAGAAUAAACAAGGACAAAAAGGAGAAAAUAAGGUAAAUAAGAAUGAAAAUGACAGUGCAACUAUCAUAAAACCAGUUACAUCUAAGGAAGUCCCUAACGAGAGUACAUUAGACAGAGAAAAAAAUAAGGGAAAUACAAAUGCUUCAAUUCUUAAUAGCACUGAUAGUGUGGCUGGUAAGAAAAGAAAAAACAAAAAGAAAAAUAAAGAAAGUCUAAUUAUUACUAAAGAAAGCACAAGUGUAAGUGCAGAGCCACAAACUGUACAAGAAGGGGACAAGAACCAAGUAACGCAAACUACAACAGAAGUUAAUUUAAACGAAUUUAACAAAAAUAUCCAAAUAAACACUAGCGGCAAAGGUUCGCCGAGUAAGAAGAAAAAUAAGCAGAGUCAAGUACAAGAAAACACAAAUAAAAUAGAACAGAGUAACAAAGAUGUUUUAAAUAAAGAAUCGCCACAGACGAAAGAUACUAACAAAAUAAAUGGAAGUGAUCAACAGACGAGUAAUGAGUCCUCGUCGAAGAAAAAGAAAAAUAGAAAAAAGAAUAAGAACAAGCAAGCUGGUGCUUUAAGUCAAAUUAAUAAAAACGAAAAUAAAGUUACGGAAACAGUCGAAAUCGCUGCAGCAAAGAAACUUAAAAACAAGAAAAAUAAGCAGAAACAGAUCGGGAAACUUGACAGUAACAAAGGAAUGAAAAAGGGAGUAGAUAAGAAGAACUUCAAAAGAAAUAAACCUAAAGGUAAAUGA